AUGGUAUCGGAGGAGUUGCUCGAGAAAGGACUCGAGAUCCUCCAGGAUCAAUCGCUUGAUGAGGAGGAACAAGUCGAGAAGGUUGAGGACCUCCUGCGCGCCAGCACCUCCCUGUCGGGCUCGUCGCUGGAGAACGCCGUGCUGGACAUCCUAUGGCGGCAUCGCAAUCGCACCCUCCCAGACUCCUCCCCUCCCCUCAACGACAUACCCCCGGCGAGCACCUCGUGGGUGCAGAGCUCGCGCGGGGCUUUCUCCCGGCCUCCACUCUCCUCAACUGCCUCGCCGUUCACCUCCCCCCGGCCAUCUCCCCGACUUGCCCUCGCGCAACCAAUACCGCAUUCUCCUAAUCUAAACGCUUAUGAAUUCUCGGACCAGAGCCAGCUCUCGGACUUUUACGGAGACUUUGGGAGCGACAGUAAUGUCGAUUGGCUGGUGGCUGACGAUGCAAACAGUACAACUUCGUCUACGGGAGGCUUGAGCGCCUCGGCGGCGCUGAGUGCGACGGCGGCUGAGUUUGUGCCGGACAUGAGCCCGCAUGAUAUCCUACGCACAGUUCUGGGGGACAAACGCUCCAAUGAAGAGAUCGAAGCUGCGCUGGAAGCAAACGGCUAUGACCUCGGUGCUACCAUUGCCUCACUCUACCAGGACGCGGAGUCCGAGACUUUAGCCAAGCAGCAAGAUGAUGCUCGUAUUCUGGUUGGGAAAUCCAUGGCGAUGGACCCCCCUCGCCCCCUCACCCCAUCUGGCCAUGGGCGAAGCCCUGUUGUCUGCAAGUUCUAUCUAUCACAUGGACAGUGCCUCCGCGCUGAUUGCCGCUUCAGCCAUGACUUGACUGCUCAUCUGUGCAAGUACUGGAUGAAUGGCAAUUGUUUGGCUGGAGAUAGUUGCCCAUUUUCGCACGAUCCCUCAAGUCUUGUCUCAAACCUGAGCAUUUCAGACAGCCGGCCGGCGUCGCCGUCAGCAGGGUCUCUGUUCCAAGUGGAUAGUGCCUCUGAUGCCUUCCCGCCGCUGCAAGCAUCUAGCAGUAUGGAGGACCAAUGGGCUAAUCAGUACGGGCGAUAUCCUGCCCACCUCUCUGGGCCAGGGGGUAAAGGAACUCCGCCAGGUUUGUUCCCAGGAAUGGCCCGACGAAAUGGAAGCAUGACCCAUCUCGGGCGACCAAACUCUCGACCAAAUUCUCGUCCAACCAGUCGACACCAGAACCGAGAGCUCAAUCCAACAGCUCUAUCGAUGGACGACCCAGAUGCAUUCCCCAGCCUUGCUGCUGUUAGCGCAAAGAACACAAGCAAGAAACAUCACGGCAAACGGGGCGGUCAUAAUGCUCGCGACGCAAACACCAAUAAAGAAAAUCCCCCCUCUUCCCUCGCAGAUGUGGUUCGCAUGUCCCCCUCACCUGCCCCGAGCAAAGGAAAAUCGGCCAAGCCUAGCAAUGAUGCAAAGACCGCAGAACAUCCUUGGCUCGAGACAGGAUCCAGGGCGAAUCAGCAGUACAUCAAGUACCGCACGGAAGCGAUUCGUCAUGGAACCGUCCGCAAUAAGUUCCUGCAGAGUGCGGCACAAGCAUGGAACCGAAACGACGCACGAGCAGCCAAGGCCCUCUCACUCCGCGGCCAGGCCGAGAAUGACGCCAUGCGCCGCUGCCACCGCGAAGCAGCCCGCCAACUCUACGAAGAACGUAAUCAGCACUUGAGCCAGGCAGGCCUGGACGAGUCUUCGGAGGAACUCUACGUCGACCUCCACGGCCUUCACCCUGAGGAAGCAAUCGAGUACCUUGAGAAAAUCCUUCUCAAGCACGCGAACGAGGGACUCCGAGUUGUCUACGCCAUCACUGGAACAGGCCACCACUCGAAGAAUGGCAAAGAUAAGAUCGGCAAGGCCGUGAAGGCCUGGCUCAAUGAAUGGCGCUACUUAUUCCGGGAAUUCAGCGUCCCCGGCGAACGAGGCGGCUAG